AUGGUCGCUGGACAUCUCUUAUCUCCAUCUCGAGAUAUACAACUGGCCGACGACGACGCUGCUGCUCUGAUUCGAGAUGAUGACGCAGGCCAAGGGUUCGCGUGUACCACCGUCAAGCUGGCGUCCUCCGCUUCCCCCAACUUCCUUUCCUAUUUCUUCUCCUCCCUCCUCGCCCUUCCUACAACAUCUCUCACCUCGCUGCUCAAGACCAUCGCCGCCGCGCUCUCGUCCGCCAUCUCGCUCUUCCACGCCUCGCCGUCGACCAGAUCCGUCCUCGCAAAGCACAAGAUACCCGCCUCCACGCUCCCCUCGACCUCCAGCAAGAUGUCGCCCAAGAAAGCUAUCCAUUUCGGCGGCGGCAACAUCGGCCGUGGCUUCGUGGCCGAGUUCCUGCACGAGUCGGACUACGAAGUCGUCUUCAUCGACGUCAUGGACCAGAUCAUCGACAAGCUGCAGGAGACCAAGUCCUACACUGUCACCGAGAUCAGCUCUGCCGGCGAGACCGUCAAGACCAUCUCCAACUACCGCGCCAUCAACUCGAAACACAACCUCGACGAUGUCAUCCGUGAAAUCUCAUCCGCUGACGUCGUCACCUGUGCCGUCGGACCCAACAUCCUCAAGUUCAUCGCCUCGCCGAUCGCCAAGGGCAUCGAUGCUCGAACCGUCGAACGCCCGCUCGCCGUCAUCGCGUGUGAAAACGCCAUUGGAGCAACCGACACCCUCGCCGCGUUCAUCAAGGAACACACCGCCGAGGACCGUCUCAAGACCCUGUCGGACCGUGCUCGCUUCGCCAACUCGGCCAUCGACCGUAUCGUGCCCACCCAGGACCCCAACGCUGGUCUGAACGUCAAGAUCGAGAAGUUCUACGAAUGGGCCGUCGAGCAGACUCCCUUCGGAAACUGGGGCCACCCGGACAUCAAGGCCAUCCAUUGGGUCGACCAUCUCGAGCCCUACAUCGAGCGCAAGCUCUACACCGUCAACACCGGCCAUGCCACCGCUGCAUACUACGGGUAUAACGCAAAGAAGAAGACAAUCUACGACGCCCUCUCCGACGCACGCAUCAGGAAGAUGGUCGACGAUGCCCUCAGCGAGACUUCACGCCUCAUCGUCGACAAGCACGGCAUUCCGGAGGAAGAGCAGCGUGCAUACGUCAGUGCCAUCAUCGAACGUAUCUCCAACCCUUACCUCGAGGACGUCGUCGAGCGUGUUGGCCGUGCUCCCGUCCGUAAGCUGGGCAGGAAAGAACGCUUCAUUGGGCCGGCCGCUCAGUUGGCUGAGCGAGGUCAGAAGAUCGAUGCUCUCGUGGGUGCCAUCGAGCAGGCUUUGCGCUUCCAGAACGUCUCCGGGGACGACGAGAGUGUUGAGUUGGCCAAGAUCCUGAGGGAGGAGGACUGUGAUUCCGCCACCACCAAGCUGACUGGUCUCGAGCCAAACCACCCUCUGUACGACCGUGUUGUCGAGAAGGUCAGGAAGGUCCAGAAUGAGUCUAGAGAAAUGAUGCCAUCUGUUUUGUAA